ACUUCUUUUUCUCAUUUUUUUUUUCCUUCUUUUUUCUCUUCCCCCCACCAUUUCCUUAUUUCUUCAUCAUCAUUGAUUUUUUCUGUUUGUUUCCUUUAAUUCAUGUCGCAUGGUCUCGAAACAUUGGAACAACAGUCAGCUCCUGAAAGCACAAGAGGACUUUUUGACGUGUAUCCUGAUAAAAAGGUUCAAACAGGCAUCCUCCAAUCAAGCACUUCCACUGAUAGACAUCGAUCUUUAGAUUCUUCUGGAAGACCUUCUCGUCAAUCUUUUCAAUCGCCGGCGUCACGUAACAACAACAACAACAACAACAACAACAGUAAGGCUCAUCAACGAUCACGAUCAGCUAGUGCUUCAGAUAUGGGUUAUUUUGGAACAAGACGAAACCAUUCAGGACUUCAAACAUUGACUGAAGAAGGUGGGCAUCAGGAACAAGAAAAUCAUAUCAACAACUUCAGCAAAAGCAGACGUACAUCAACAACAACAACAACAACAACAACAACAACAAUAUCUGGUAGAAGGGAAAGUGUUACUAUGGAUUCCUUGAAAGAUAUGAUUAAUUCAUUAAAAGCAAUACCACCAACGACUUCUGUAUCAACUUCUUCACUUUCAACCUCUGCAACAAAUGGUACAGGAAGAAGAUAUGGUCAUCGGAAACAACAAUCCAUGUCUUCCUUGUCUUCUGGUCAACAACAAUCUCAACAUUCCAAUAUACGUCGGUCGUACAACGAUGGGAACAAAACAAGUGAUAUGCAUUCGGUAUUGCAAAAUACGGUCCAGGAACUCCGAUCGAUUCCUUUCUCAUCCUCUGAUAAAGUAACAGCACCUCGUCCUUCUUCUUCCUCAUCUUAUAGACGUUUUGGAAAUCAUAGUAGCAAUAGCAACAGUGGUAGUGAUGAUGAUAUGGUGGCAAGAGAUGAUGCUUUGGCCGAAGCGGAAGCUAAAUUGAUGGGUUCUUUUAUGACAACUGGGAUCAGCAAUAAUAAACAUCAUUCUUCUAUUACUCGACGCCGUUCUUCUGACUCAUCUACUGAUUUACCUUUGACACUUCACAAACGAACAUCUUUACAACAACUAGCUACUCUAUCUGAAGAAACAGGUCCUCUUACUGAUCGAUUGACAGCCAGUCGUUCCUUUUCUGCUCUUUCAAAACGAACUCAAUUCAACAAGCCCUUGGAUCUUUAUUCUACUGAUGAAGGUAGUAAGCGUAAAUCUCUAGGUCACUCUCGACGAUCUUCUCGUAACGUAGAUAUGGAUUGGCGAUUACCUGCACCUUCACAACCAAUAGCGCAACCAACUUCACCAAGACAGUCAUUUCAAUUGGUACCUUUUACACCUACGCGUGUUAAUUUUGCUCGAGAUGAUGCUAAUCCUCAUCAACGACGACCUCUAUUUAUUGCUCAUCUACCUUUCAGCGCUUUGACACCUUUGUUUCGCACCCGUCAACUAGUACGUGGAAUGUUACGUGUCAACAAACGCAACCGUAGUGAUGCCUAUGUAUUUUGUGAAGAAUUGGAUGCUGAUAUCUAUAUUUGUGGAUCAAGGGAUCGGAACCGUGCUUUGGAAGGUGAUGUGGUGGCGGUACGAUUAGUGGAUGUGGACAAGGUAUUGCAAGAAAAACGGGAAAAGGAACAAAUUAAAAUGUCCCGAAACGCUAGUCGGGUGCGAUUACCGGAUGAAGAAGAUGAAAAUGAAAUCAUAUUUGGUGGUGAUGAAGAAGUGGAAGUGAUCAAACCAAAAUAUUGUGGUGUCGUUGUCGCUAUUAUGGAACGUGCUCAAAAUCAAGUUUUCUCUGGAACUCUGACACUUAUUCGACCCAACAACAAACGUGCACAAGAAGAAGAUGAAAAGAAAAAUCAACAAGGUGCUGAUUCUGCUUCAUUCAAGAAAGAUACACCUCGUAUAGUUUGGUUCAAGGCUACUGACAAACGUGUACCAUUGAUUGCUAUUCCUAUUGAACAAGCUCCUGAUGAUUUCGUGGAAAAUAGUCAAAAGUAUGCUACUAGACUGUUUGUGGGCUCUAUCAAACGCUGGCCAAUUACAUCUUUACAUCCUUUUGGAACUUUAGAAAAGGAACUUGGUUCGGUGUAUGAACUCUCCACACAAACCAAGGCCAUCUAUGCUGAUAACAAUAUUACUGAUACCGAUUUUUCUGAAGCUGUUUACAAUUGUUUACCUCCUGGUGAUUUCGAAGCUUCUGUGGACAACAAUACCUCAACUACUAAUAAACGACGUGAUUUUACUGGCGUGCGAUGUUUUACGAUCGAUCCCAAGGGUUCAAAUGUUUUGGACGAUGCAUUAUCCAUUGAAAAACUGGAGGAUGGUUCUUAUCAGGUGGGAGUGCAUAUUAGCGAUGUUUCCUACUUUAUCAAGCCGCAUUCUGCAUUGGAUAAGGAAGCCCGUACAAGAGGUGUUAGAGUAGAUCUGCUCCAUUCUCAUGUUCCUAUGGUACCUGAAGUGAUGACCGAAAAAUUGACAAAUUUGAUACCCAACCAUACUAGAUUCGCAUUCUCUGUUGUUUGGAAAAUGACAAUGCAAGGCAAGGUAUUGGAUACUUGGUAUGGCAAAUCAACCAUCAGAUCAUGUGCGCAAUUGACGAUAGAGGAUGCCCAACAUGUAGUGAAAGGAGGAAGUUUGGAUAACAACAAUGGGGUUAUAUCGGAAAAAUAUCGACAAGAUAUUGAAAAUGAUAUUCGCUUGUUAAAUACACUCGCCACUGAACUAUACAACCUUCGUAGUCAGACUGGAAUAUUGACUCUAUUACGUGAUGAAUUGACAUACGAUUUUGAUCCCGAGUUCACUCCUUUGAAUGUCUCGGUGCUUACCAAACCCAUCCAAACUCAUCGUAUCAUUAAGGAAUUCUUACUCUUGGCAAAUACAAGUGUUGCUCAACGGAUUUCUAGUCGAUUACCUGAACAAGCAUUACUUCGUCGUCAUGCUACUCCAGUAGACAGAAAAAUUCGCGCAUUACAACAAUUCUGUUCUCGUCAAUUGGGUGUACAAGUAGAUAUUGGUAGUGCUGGUCAUUUGGAAAAAUCUGUUCAAGCUAUUGCUGAUCCCAAGCUACGCAAAUUAGUUUCUGUGAUUGUCCUCAAGACUUUACAUGUACCCAAAUACUUUUGUGCUGGUACUUAUGAUAUUGCAAAAUACUCUCAUUAUGCUCUGAAUGUCCCUUUGUUUACUCAUUUCACGGCUCCAAGUCGUCGAUUUGCUGAUAUCUUGGUUCAUCGUCAAUUAGAAUAUGCACUAUCAUCAGAAGAUGCUCCAUUUUAUUUGGACCGCGACACUGUACAAAAACUAACCCAACAUUGCAAUGUGAAGAAGGAAGCGGCUCAUUAUGCUCGUGAACAAAGUAGUCUGUUAUUCUUGGGCGUCCAUCUCAACAAACUGGCGAAGCAAAAUGGAAAAUCGGUGGUAUAUCGUGAAGCGACUGUUGUUGCUGUAUGCGAAGGUCAUUUAGAUGUGAUGGUUCCGGAACUGAAUAUGGAAAAACGUGUACACCUGGCAAAUUUACCUGUUUGGCGAUCAGAUUACAAUGAAAACAAGCAAACAUUGACCAUGUAUUGGCGCAAGGGCGUAGACACCUCCACUGGAAAACAGCGACAUUGGUCCAUUUUGGAUGAUGACGACGAUGAUGAUGACAGCGAUUACUUGGAUGAAGAAUUGUUAUUGGAAGAAAUGCUUCAGACAGGUGCUUUAACCAAGGAUGAUGAUGAUGAAGAAGAAGAAGAAGAAGAAAAAGUGUCUUCAUCACUGAUAUUGGAUAGAAACGACAAUGUCAGCUGCCUACAACACAAUGAUCAACAACAAUCAGUAUUAAGGGAUUUGGAGGAUAAUAAGGAACAAACAGUCAUAGGAUUAUCUAUUUUGGAACAACAUGCAAGAAAAGCAAUGCCUGUGGACACACCUGAUAUUUCACCAACUGUCACCUCUUCUACGAAAAAAUUACGCCCUGAAUCCACCCAAUCUACAUCGGCCAAACGAGCUUCUUUGGUUCGUGCAAGACUUUCAGACAGUACAGCUUAUAGCACAGAACAAGGAUACCAAACCAUCAAGGCUUUGGACAAGAUUCGUGUGGCUCUCGUGAUUGAUAUGGUACGAACUCCUCCUUUGAUCCGUAUUCUAGCUGUCAACCCAUUUGCAUAAUCCUUUCUUUUUUUUCUUCUUCUUCUUUUUUAUAUAUCUUAUUUAUUCCCUCUUACUUUAUAUUAUACUUGAUUCUUGAUUUUUAUUUUAC